UCCGACGUAAACAAACAAUGACGCAAUCGUUAUCGCUCCCCAAUCUACACAGGCCGCUCCACCGCUCCGGCAACAUCAGCUGGGCGCCCUUCAUACCACCACAAUGAGAUUACAGUUCCUCCUGGUGUUCUCCGGAAUUCUCAUCUUAACGUGUAUGGCUUACAAGCCAGUGAUAAUUAUCCAUGGCGUCUGGGACUUGAGAUUUAGUCUCAACUUUCUGGCGGAACAGAUAAGACAAGUAAAUAUAACUGCUUUGAAUUGUAUCUCAUGAAAAAGUCCUGUGGAGUAUCACAUUGGAACAGAAAUUCACAUUAUAGACAUUCUACAUGGAUGGCGUUCCCUUGCUCCUCUGUGGUACCAGGUGAAGAAAUUCCAUGAUGAAAUGCUGCCCGUCAUGCAGAAAGCUUCAGAUGGAGUCAUUCUCAUAGGCUACUCACAAGGAGGUGUCAUCAGCCGGGGCAUUAUAGAGACCACAGAACACAACAUCACCACCUUUAUUUCUCUCUCAUCCCCUCAAGCUGGCCAGUAUGGAGAUGAUUUUCUUCGAUUGAUAUUUCCACAGUAUAUUAAAGAAACCGUAUAUGAGGUAUUUUACUCAAGAAUUGGCCAGAGGGUGUCUGUUGCUAACUACUGGAAUGACCCUCAUCACCAGGCCUUGUAUUACAAGUAUUCUGACUACCUCCCAUACCUAAACAAUGAAAUCAAUGAUUCAUAUAGCAAGGAAUACCGACAUAACUUCUUAAAACUGAAGAAGCUGGUUCUAAUUGGAGGCCCAGAUGAUGGAGUCAUCACCCCUUGGCAGUCAAGCCAUUUUGGGUAUUUUGACAGUGAAGAAAAUAUUACUGAAAUGAGAGAUCAGAUAUUUUAUCAGCAAGAUCUGUUUGGCCUCCGCACAUUGGACAAAGGUGGGAGGAUCAAGAUUUAUGAAAUACCUGGAGUGUAUCACACAGACUGGCAUCACAAUGUGUCUGUCAUCAAGAAUUGUAUCCUUCCAUGGUUAGACUGAUGACCUCAUCUUGGUGGAACUUUGAUGAGGUUCAUUAGUUAAGUUUUUAUGCAAUCAAUUUUGUACAAAUUGUAUGUUUUAUAUAAAUAGAGAGCAUCUUCAAGGAACAAGGUACAGUGCUUUGUUCAAACUUCAGAGAACUAGUGCUAAUCCAGUCCAAAAUUCAUAUAACUUCUGAAGUGCUAGAAUGAUAUUUUAAUAUUUUCAUACUUGCAGAAUUUAUCAACUUCAAUUAGAUCAUUGUGCUGUGAGUUUGGGAAGAAUUUUUUUUUUAAAUAUGCUAACCUCAUGCCUGCCAUCAUAUAAAGGCAUGUAACUCAAAGUUGCAGCUUUUCCUGCUGUUAUAUACAAUACAGUUUAACACAUACGGGUUUUUAUAUCUGCUUAGGUGGCUUUAAUGAAUUUCAGAGGUGUAAUUUUAAGUCAUUGAUGACCUUUACAGUCAAGUUAAGCAAUUCUACUUACUUGGUCAUGGGCAAGGUUUAUGUAUUGUUGAUAUUCUCAGGUCUGUGUUGGUGGUGGUUUUACUGAAAGCUCUCUACCAUAGGUCAUUAUAAAUGCUGUAUUGCUUAAUUGCUUCAGAAUUAUGAAAAUUGAGGUGAUAUCCUGUUUUUGAGUCUUGUUUUUUCUUGUUAAUGUCUUUUUAAUUAAUUAAUUACUUUAUAUAUUUAUUUAUUCUUUAUGGAUAUCAGUGGCCAGCAUAUGACUAUGUGCUUUCUUUGCUUUUGUUUUGGUUGUGAUAAUGUCCAAAACUGUGCUACAGGGUACAUAUCAUUGCAAAUAACUGGCCAUUAUUCACCUGUAGAUCUUUGAAUAAUUACAUUUCAUGAAUUUGUACUUAGUUUAGAUAUGAAAUUUAUCAGAAAAAAUAUCGUAAGUACUUUUACAGACUUGUUUUAGAAGAGUAAUAUUCUUUUUUGCUGACCUUUGAAUCACUGCCCAACUAACUAAGUUCUUCUGGUUCCUGAUACAUAUGAUAUAUAUUACUAGUCAAGAAAUAAGAGAUGAAAAUAUGGAAUGAGCAAUGUGAGGGAAGUAUGGUGCAAACUAAGAGGUCAAAUAAUUGGGUAGGUAAACCAGCAGAUUUCUGAGUUGCAUAGAAAAGGGUAAAAGCUUCAGAAGUUACAUAAAUAUUCAUUAGCUAAAGAUUCAUUUUAGCAUUUAAUAUAUGAAGAAGGUGCAGGAGAUACACAAAGAGAAAAUGAAAGCAAGGUAGGUGGGACUGGGACACCUUUAUGAUAUCAGUCCCUAGAGAAAAACUAUUACAUAAUGAAUUAAGUGAAGCAUUGUGGGAUUGGUAGAAGUACUAAUUUCCUACCAGAAAAUAUGAUGAUAAUAAACAGCGGAAAAAAAGGUUGUGCAUUAUAAUACAAGGACCUCUUCAUCAGAGAGAGAGAAGUGGUGGAAAUCUUUCCUACACCUGUCAGGAGGGCUGUAUAUGGAAGAGGUACUACUAGGUGAACACAGAAGUAGGAAAUUAGGAAAAUUACUCAACCAUUCUAUAAUGAAAACCUGAAUCUCAUUUAUGUAUUGUUACUUGUAAUAAUGACCCUUGCUACACUCAGGGUAAAUUAUGGAAAAUGAAGAACACUGAAUUGAUCAAAAUGGCAAAUGAAAAGUGAGUAGAUGGUGAGACAGGUGCUUUUAUUCUUACUUCGUAUAUUUAAUGCUUAUACAUUUGAGUUGAUCUUAUUAAUGAACAGUUAGUAUUCUCUUCUAUGUACCUAGUUCUGGUUCUCCUGUAGACUGUAUUUUCCACAGCAAGUUAUAUUAGAAUGACGGUCAUGCUGAGUCAUGUCUACUUUCUUACUUUCUACUGUGCUCUACUUCUUUGACUCUGACAACAUAAUUUUACCACAUGAGGAGAUACAAACAAUGGAACACUGAUGCUGACUGAUGCUGUCAUCCUUUGAUUAGCUCAAGUAUUCAGGUUGUAUUUGUACUCUUGCCAAAACUCUUAGUUAUUUGUAAAUCGAUGGAUUAUUUCUAUGUUUAUAAUCCACCACCUUGUAAAUUAAUACAGAUUUAAGUUGAAAUACAGAGUCAGAUUGCUUAAUGUGUCAAAAAAGCAUGAAUACCUGACCCAGUCAGAAGAUAAUAGUAGCAGUCAGUGGCACUUCCCAUGUUUGUGUGUCCUCAGGUGAUGAAAUUAUAUUGGUGGAGUUGAUGAAGCAGGAUGGUUUGUGAUGAGUGGCUGAGUUGCUUCUUGCAGACUUUAUAGGAAUUUUUAAGACACCAGUCAUGAGUUGACUUUUAGGUAAGCCUGGUUGUUAUUAUUAUUGUUGUUGUCAGACUCCUUAUGUGGACUCUUAUGUGGAAACUGUGAUCUAUUUAUUUAUUUAUUUUACUUUAUUAUACAUAUAUAUUUUUUUCUCACUAUGAUGCCACCCUGAACUGUUUGUCAUGGCAUCAUCCUCUGGAGUCUGUGUGGGUGAAAUUGUUGGAUGAGGAUGUGGGGUAUUUUUGUUGGGAGUAACAGCUGUGAACUGCAGUAUUGAUGGAGUAGUAUUAAGUUAUUGAUAUCUAAUCUCUAAUCAAUCACCAUCUAUACUUACUAGGAUUGGAACUGAGCAAUAUACUCAUACCACAGGUGAAUCUCUAUUUAUGAAUGAGUGGAGUCCCUAAAAUUUUCAUCAGUUGAGUAUAUGUUAAUUGGGAACAUUUAUAUUUUUGUCAUUUAAUGCAUUAUCACUUUUUAUUUAUUAGAUUUCCAUAUGUACACAUGCUCAAAAAAAGUAUUGUUACACAAUCAGCACAAUUCAAAGUGACACCAAGAACUAAUCCAUUGAUAACAGGCUGCUCAUGUUGGUAUCCUUGUUCAGUGUAGCUGUGUAGCUGUGGUAGCAUGAAUCAAGUGAUCUGCACUCUUAAAUUAAGCAAUAGGAUUUGAGCUGCCACAGUAAUGCUUCAUGAAACACUGGCAGAGCCUUAGUCCAACACAUUUAUCAACACUACCAAGACUAUCAGUUUAUUCAGUGUGAAACUUGUCAGACCCCAUUGUAAUGAUAAUUUUUUUAGUGUGUGUACAUGUAGCUUGUGCCUUCUGAAAUCAAAACAAAUAAGAAGAGUAUAUUUAAUUUGUAUCUUCAAAAGUUCAUAAACCAAGGCUUUUAGUAAAGAAAUAGAGUUACAUCUGCUACUAUUUUGCAAGGUUUUAUGCUUGAACCAAAGUGAACUUAUUACUAAUGUGGGAUUACUUGCAAUAAAGACAUUAACCAUAUGAAAAUUAAAGUAAUAGGGUAGUAUUUUCUCUUUUAUGAUAAGUUUUAAAGUCAGUAGUAAUAUAGAAAUAAGUGAUGUAAUAUUUUCUUUCAUGGUAUAUGUAUAACUUAGAUUUUGUCUCACAUUGUGAUAGCAGUAUUGGUUGACAUGUAACAAGAUGAGGAAUGUGAGAAAGUGCUGAAAGAAUGGAAGUAAAAGGGGAAGGAAAGAAUGGUACCCAAUUAAAUUUUCCAUAACAAGCUGUUUAUUAAUGGAAUGUUAGAUGUCAUUACUGAAGUAAAGGAUUGUCAUGCAGUGGCUCAGAAGAUAGGUUUGUUACCCUUUUUACCAAUAAACUUCACCAAAAUUAUCUGCACAAAAAAUCAAAUAAGUUUGUUACUGUUGUUAGCAAGAACUUCACCAAAAUUAUCUAGGUACAUAAAAAAUAAAUAAAUAAAGGUACAGCACAUGAGCAUAACAAAGCUGUAAGCAAUUGAACGGCCACAAGUUUUCUUAUGACUUGACAGAAGUGAUCUCAUGACAUCCAAGAUUAUGCAAUAUGGUCAUUCUUCUCUUCAGUUGGUUUGUGAUUGCUAGUCAGUUGUCACAUCUCAGUUUCCAGAAUAGGGUAGUAAAAACAUUGCUUGACUGAGGAUUGGAAGGAGGGAAUUGUGAAUUGUUUAUGAGUGAAAUACAUGUCAUGUCUUGGUUGAUAUUAUUGUUGCCAGAUAUUAAGUUUGCUAUAUCAAUAAUUCUAAAACUGUGUGAUGUGCAGGAGACUUUCUAACCAAGAUAUACUGAUGCUAAUCAGGAUAGUUAUACUUAAAUAAUUGUGAUAUCAUGUAUUUUAUUGGCAACCAUCCUGGACCAUUUGAUAGUUUUAAUAAUCUGCUUUUUGCUUUUACAUAUUUACUGGUACUGAUACCAUUAGUUUAUGGUUAACUCCAAAACUGGAAUACUACCAUGUCCAGUGUAACACCAGUGCCAAAGAUAAAUCAUCACACUAUUGUGGGAUUAAAAGAAAGUAGCAGGAUAAGAUUUAAAAAAAAACUUAUGUGAGAAAUGUGGGUAUCAGGUAUUGUUAGUCUGGUGAGGCUGGAUUGUAUUGCUGGAUGUUGUGUGUAUAAUUUGGUUAAGAAAUUUGUGCAUUCUUCUUGUGACUGCAUAAAGAACACUGCUGAAUAUUUGUGCUGAAUAUUUGAUUCAUCUACUAGUGAAUUUUGUUUAAGCCAGAUAUUUCAUUUGAGGUGCAAAAAUAGAAUAGUUAAACUGUUUUGAAAGUGUGUAUAUCCAUAUGUAAAAAAAAAAUGUUGCUUUUACAUAAUGUAAUUAAUUAUAUUAAGUUUUGUAUCUCUUAAAGGGUGUGCAAACUCUGUUCCAACAAUAGAAAGGAACAUGCAGAUGUCACCCUUAUUUUAGUGAUGCUGGGAUGAAGCUUGAGGUGAAAUCAGAGUAUAAUGUCAAAGAACAGACAGAGUGUACCCUGAUAUGAACUGGAUAUGUGUCCUUUCCAUAUAAUUGUGAUUUCCACUCAGUCAUUCUUAUAGAACACUCCAUCACCACGAAGAACUGAGUAGUCUCUGUUAACCAGAUGUAAAAUAAGUUGAUAACUGAAAGAUUAGAAAGCUAUUCACAGAAUUCUGCACUUGAAAAUUUGAGGCCAGUGUAAUGACUUUUUUUCUCUCUCUCUCUCUCUCUUUCUCUUUAACUGAAGGUUUGUGUAUGUAUUUGUAAUUAAGAAUAAAGUGUGUUUAUUCUAAAGAAAAGUCAUAAUAGCUGUUCUCAUUUGCUCUUAUGUUUAUCACUUGAAAAUAAAGUUGUAAAUUAAGGAAAA